AUGUCUCUGGUAAUGUAUAGAUAUCAUUAUCACUCUAGGUCAGCCAUCAGGUCCUUAACAACAUCAUCAAUCAAACGAUCCAGUUUCAAUCCUCCCUCUCAUUUUACUAAUCCAUAUGAUCCUCCACAAACAUAUGGACAUAAUCAAUCGCCACCAUCAUCACAAACACAACAAACACAACAAUCUUCCUCAUCAUCUAGUUCAUCUCAAUCUUCCAAUGAUAAGACCAAUUCAUUAAAGGAAAUCACCUCAUUAGUAGGGAUGUGUAUCUUAGCCUAUCUCACCAUUGAUAAUUAUACCAAUCGAAUUAAAUUAGAAAAAUUAAUCACAGAAACAACAGCCAUCAAUCUUAAAACAUUACAAAUCCAACAAACCAACUUCUUGAAUGUAAGGAAGAAGAGAGAUUUACAAAUCUUACAAGAAAGAAGAGAUACUGAUAAACGAGAUUUUAAAAUGAGUUUACAUAUUGCAUUAUUACGAAAACAAUUGAAUGAUUUAGAUAUCGAUCCCAUUGAUAUCGACGUUGCCAUUAAAGAAUUCGAAAAGAAUGUUAAAGCAGACAAUUCCAUUAAGAACGUUACCGGUCAAUCCUUAUGGUUAGAUGAUAAUUCAACAUUGAAGUCAUACCUUCCUGAUCCUCAUGAUUAUGAUAAACGAAAGAAUGAAGGUGAUUCAAAAUCUUAA